GAAAGACGAUAGGAAUUAUAGAAUGUCGUAUCUGCUGCCACACCUGCAUUCCGGUUGGGCCGUUGAUCAGGCCAUUUUGGCGGAGGAAGAGCGGGUCGUGAUCAUCCGAUUUGGCCAUGAUUGGGACGACACUUGCAUGCAGAUGGAAGACUUCCUAUCAUUUAAGAAUCCACUCUGAGCUUUUCGUCCAAUACAUUGGCAAGAUUUUGGCUUUUUAAAAUAGCACUGUUCUUAUAGAAAAACGUGUGAAUUAGUAUUUACCUAACUUACCGUAAGGUAUCAGUAAUUUAUUUAUCAUUAUUUUUUCAAUUCCGCCCUUCGUAGUCAGGAGGCGGCUUCUUUUAAGCCGUGGGUUAGGGUUAGGGAACAUAUAGGAACAAUCGAAUCGAAACGUGAGAUAUGUCGUACCUUUUGCCACACUUGCACUCAGGAUGGGCAGUAGAUCAGGCCAUCCUGGCCGAAGAAGAGCGCCUCGUUGUCAUCCGGUUCGGCCACGAUUGGGACGAAACCUGUAUGCAGUCUGAUUAUAUUCUCUUUAAGGGUUCUGUUGCUCCAAAUCCUUUCAUUGCGAUGCAAAGAGGAGUUAAUGAGAUGGAUGAAGUGCUGGCAUCAGUUGCUGAGACUAUAAAGAAUUUUGCUGUGAUUUACCUUGUGGACAUUACAGAGGUGCCUGAUUUUAACACCAUGUAUGAGCUUUAUGAUCCAUCCACAGUCAUGUUCUUCUUUAGGAACAAGCACAUAAUGAUCGAUCUCGGUACUGGUAAUAAUAACAAGAUCAACUGGGCUCUCAAGGACAAGCAAGAGUUCAUUGACAUUAUUGAGACUGUCUACCGAGGGGCAAGGAAGGGUCGUGGUCUGGUAAUUGCGCCAAAGGACUAUUCCACCAAGUACCGAUAUUGAGUCUUUUUGUUAUUUGGAGACUGUUGCAUGGAAUUUAUCUGUUAUUAAUGUUUGUUUUUAAAACAAAUUGGGUUGUAGUUCUACAUGUUAUUGUAGAAUUUGAGUAUUUUCCAGUUGUCGAAAGCUUAUAUACCCUUUUACAAUGGGAGUCACAAGGAAGUUGAACUAGGGUGUGACUGAGCUUAAGUUUCAUCAUUCAAAUCUUAAGUCUGUAAAGCUGCAAUGUUAUUGAAACUAAUCAAAUUAGAGCUUUUACCUGGCGCACAGAAGAUACGUUGAUGGUUUCUUUUUCCAGUCAAUGUUAACGCAUCUAUUUCAUAUUAA